GGAGCUCCAGGCCCAAGGCUGAUCACCCUGCCCAGUGUCCUGGCUCCCAGCACCCCCUGGUCUGGAAGGGGCGUCUGCCGAAAUGCACCCUGUGAGCUAGAGAAGCAGAGACAGCUACAGCACAAGAGGCAGGAGAAGCUGCUGCCAGGGAGAGCCAGGCCGAGCCUCUGGCCCUGCCAUCUGCAGGGGCCCCAGCAUGUCCACUGUCCGUGGAGAAGGGACCAAGACACUCGCUUCUGCCAGUGCCUGAAGCCCCAGGUACCUGUGCUUGUCAAAUCCAUUUAGUCCAGAGUCCAGAGGUGCAGAAAGCUGGGUCAAAAGCCCUGCUGCCCUCCAGGGAUGGACAGAAGGCCAGAGAUGUGGUCCCUUGUCCUGUUCUCCCUUUUGGCAGGGGCUCACGCUGAGCCCACUCUGCAUGGGGAGAUCCUGUCCCCUAACUACCCUCAGGCAUACCCCAAUGAGGUAGAGCAAUCCUGGGAUCUGGAAGUGCCUGAGGGGUAUGGGAUCCGGCUCUACUUCACACACCUGGACAUAGAGCUGUCAGAAGACUGCGCGUAUGACUCAGUGAGGAUAAUAUCAGGAGACUUUGAAGAAGGAAAGCUCUGUGGACAGAGGACCAGCAAGAAUCCCAACUCUCCAAUUGUGGAAGAGUUCCAAGUUCCAUCCAAUAAACUCCGGGUGACAUUUACGUCAGAUUUCUCCAACGAAGAGCGCUUCACUGGGUUUGCUGCAUACUAUGUGGCUGUAGACAUAGAUGAAUGCACAGACUUUGUAGAUGUCCCCUGUAGCCACUUCUGCAACAACUUCCUUGGUGGCUACUUCUGCUCCUGUCCUCCAGAAUACUUUCUCCAUGAUGAUAUGAAGACUUGUGGAGUCAAUUGCAGUGGGGAAGUAUUUACUGAACUGAUUGGGGAGAUCACAAGUCCCAAUUAUCCCAGUCCAUAUCCAGAGAACUCACGGUGUGAAUACCAGAUCCUGCUGGAGAAGGGAUUCCAAGUGGUGGUGACAAUGCGGAGAGAAGACUUUGAUGUGGAACCAGCCGACUCUGAGGGCAACUGCCCUGAUAGUUUAGUUUUUGUUGCAGGAGACCGGAAGUUUGGUCCUUACUGUGGUAAUGGCUUCCCUGGGCCACUGAAAAUUGAAACCAAGAGUAACACUCUUGAUGUCAUUUUCCAAACUGACCACGCAGGGGAACAAAAGGGCUGGAAACUUCGUUACUAUGGAGAUCCAAUUCCUUGUCCUAAAGAAACUGGUGCCCAUUCUGUUUGGGAGCCUGACAAGGCAAAAUAUGUGUUCAAAGAUGUAGUGAAGAUAACCUGCAUGGAAGGGUUUGAAGUUGUACAGGGAAAUGUUGGCUCAACAUCUUUCUAUUCUACUUGCCAAAACAAUGGACAGUGGAGUAAUUCCAAACUGAAAUGUCAGCCUGUGGACUGUAGCCUUCCAGAAUCCAUUCCACAUGGUAGUUUUGAAGAGCCAGCAAACACUUUGUUUGGGUCUGUGAUUCGCUACACCUGUGAAGAGCCCUACUACUCCAUGCAGACCGAAGGAGGCGGAGACUAUCGCUGCACUGGCAAUGGGAGCUGGGUUAAUGAGCUGCUGGGCACAGAGCUGCCUCUGUGUGUUCCAGUCUGUGGCGUCCCCAGUGAGCCUUUUGUAGGAACACAGAGGAUAUUUGGAGGCUCCCGCACAAAGAUCCAGAGUUUCCCUUGGCAAGUCUACUUUCCACCCCCAUCGAGAGCUGGUGGGGCACUCAUCGAUGAGUACUGGGUGCUGACUGCUGCCCACGUGGUGGAGAAUAACCCUUAUCCAGUGAUGUAUGCAGGCACCACCUCAGUGGUCACUUCCCACCUGGCAAACGCCCAGCUGCUCACUGCUGAGCAAGUGUUUAUUCACCCAGGCUGGGACAUGGAUUCCAAGGAUUCAAGGAAGAAUUUUGACAAUGACAUUGCACUGGUGCGACUGAAAGAGCCAGUGAAAAUGGGGCCCAUGGUGUCCCCUAUCUGUCUGCCAAGUAACUCUGUAGAAUUUGAACCCUUAGAGGGAGAACUGGGCCUGAUCUCAGGCUGGGGCCGAACAGAGAAAAGGCAGUCGGUCAAUCAGCUCAUGGGGGCAAAGUUGCCCAUAGUUCCUUUAAAGAAGUGCCAGGAGGUGGAAGGAGAUGGAGUGAAUAUAAAGACCUAUGUUUUCACUGAUAACAUGAUCUGUGCUGGAGAGAAGGGCACUGACAGCUGUGGUGGGGACAGUGGAGGGGCUUUUGCUGUACAGCAUCCCCAUGAAGAGAAUCCCAAAUUCUAUGUAGCUGGCCUGGUGUCCUGGGGUGCCAAAUGUGGAACUUAUGGGAUCUACACACGAGUGAAGAACUAUGUUGACUGGAUAGUGCAGACCAUGCAAGAAAACAGCACCCCCAAUGAAGACUAGUCCAUACACACCUCACCAUCCUUGCCAAGGGCUUAGGCCAAACUGUUGCUUUCUGCUUCUCACAAUAUCUCCACUGUUUCCCAGGAUAGGCAGGAAUGACUAUCUGAUUUAAAUGGGACCUGAUUGUUGGGAUAUGGACUAGAGGUAGUUUGUGAUCAUGCUAUUGUGUGGGUCAUUCAGUGUGGCAUGAGCUUGUGGGAUUUCUCCUCUGAAUCCCUGAGAUGGAGACCAGCUCGUGGGAGCUGCCAUCUUGCCCUGUCUCACUGGGAGUCCCCUUUCCUGAGGAAGGACUGCUGGUGUUAUAGCUCUGACUCUGCAAGUUGAUAUGGGGCUUGUCCUUCACUUUUUGUUUGCUUCUACCUGUUCAAAGUUCUGUGUACUUUGUCAUUCUCAGUGUCUACUACCUACUUAUAAUAAAGCAUGUCAAUAAACC